AUGAAUGUGUUGGCGCAACGAAAUAUCGGCCAAAUGGAUGUUACGGGAACCGUGUUGUUGAAUGACUGUCCUAUUAGAUCGGACAUGACUUCCAUGUCUGCAUAUAUUCAACAAGAAGACCUUUUUGUGGGAACUUUGACUGUAAGGGAACAUCUUACUUUUCAGGUGAGCGAUCUAAAAUGCUAAACGAUUUCUUUUGAAAACCAAAGAUGGCAUCUUCCAACUUUUUAAAUUAUAGUUCUCUUAAUAAUAGAAGGAAUUCGGAACAGCUUGUAAACAACUAGUAUAAGAUAUCAACAGAACACUUCUGUAUUAUGCGGCGCCAAGAACCACUUGAUGCUUCCGAGUGGGCAUGGAGAUCCCUGAUGAUGGUGUCAGUGAUAAAGAUAGUAAACGUACGCAACAGGACGGGGUAAAAAAGAGGAAGGCAAACAUUGUGUGAUAUGCGGCGUGACAAAAUUUAGCUUGAAAAACAUUUCCUCCAAGUUUCCUUCCUUUAAACAGAUCUUUUCGUAAAAGACUAUUGUAGUACUGCAUAUAUACAGUAUAUUUCUGUAAUUUCGUGAUCUUCCUAAUAAACCUGAUGAACACUGGUUUUGGCCAGUCGAAAUACGUAUCGUAACUACAGUCUUUUCACGUCCUUGCAGUUAUCUUUUUGACAAUAUAUAUAUAGGGCCGUUUAAACGAGGAAAAAUAAGACGCGUCUUACAUAGGACGCGUCCUAAAUAAGACUCAAACUAUCCCGUAUAAACGGCACAUUUCGUUUGAAAUUUAGCUAAGACGCGUCUUAUCUAAUAACAGCCCCUCACACCUAUUCUUCGACAAGACGCGUCUUUUCUAAGUCGCGUCUUAAUGUGCCGUUUAUACGGGAUGGUUUGCUUCUUAUUUAGGACGCGUCUAACGAAAGGCGCGUCUUAUUUUUCCUCGUAUAUUUUAUUUAUACUUUUUAUUAAUUUUAGGACUGAUCGCGAUCGUUUUUGAUUCAACGUUGAGCAAGUUUGAUCGUACAAGGUUUUUUGCAGUGGUCUUGCACCUUAACGUUUCAUCCGGGGAAAUUAAAGUACGACGAAACACUCAUGUAAUAGCCCUUUCAGGUUUUUCACACGCAAACUUUUUGCCGUCCUGUUGCGUAAGCUCACUAAUUUUGUCAUGAUAAAAACAGUGAUGAUGAUGAUGAUUAUGAUCCUGAUGAUAAAAACGAUGAUGGCGGUUACGAUGAGGACGGUUCUAAUUAUAAUGAUGACACCUUACUCAUGUUCUGAUUCAUUCUGUUUCUGAAGGCUUCCCUGCGUAUGAACGGACAUGUUUCCCGUGAACAACGGAUUGCACGAGUCCAGGAAGUGAUGCUUCAGGUAACAAAACACAAAAAGUAUCGUUUGUUGGGGAGGAUACCCUAGAAUAGUAAUGACGAUAAUGGGGUGUGAAUGGUGCCAAUAGGCCAUUUCCGAGUUCCCCUGGGCCUCGGUUUCAAAACGAGGGUAGGUGCUCAGCCUUUGAUAUGGAAACCAUUUUUCAUUCUCAUCGAAAUAAAACUCAUUUUCACAAGAAAGGUUGUGCACCUAGCCUCCUUUCGAAAGUGAGGGUUUUUGGAACUCGGAAGUGGCCUAUUUGUUAGUUUCCAUCAGCCAACGAACGUGAUCCAAAAGGGUCAUUUUGUCCAGGCAUAAAAAUCAGUCAAAAAUUAUCUACCAAGAAUACAACCUAAGAAGACGUAAGAGCCUCACUCCUACCUACCCUUCCACACUCUUGGGAUGCCUUCUUUCAAUCUACUUCGCAUCCAUUCCACCGUUUGGCGUGCCAACGACAAUCAAUGGAGCAGGGUCGUUGUUUCAUGCAGAGCUCUAAUUUGUUUCACUUGUGCUUCUUUCAUAGUUUGGUCUGACUAAAUGCGCUGAUACUUUCAUUGGAAUACCAGGACGGCUGCAAGGAAUUUCGGGCGGAGAAAAGAGAAGGCUCUCGUUUGCUUCAGAGGUAUCAGUUUGUUUACCAAGUAUAGUUUCAAUUCAAGAGUAGACUAUUUAAAUUUCGAGAUAUGGGGUCGCGUUGGGAGAGGUACCGGUGUCGUGGGCGGUUUGGCUGAUUUAGUUCGAACAAGACUACUAAGAGUCCUGUAAGACUGUGCCAGCACUUCUUCCUCUAAGAGUGCCUGGGUGCCUUUAAAUUUCAGCAGUAGCAAAUCUAGCGGAGGGGCCCAGGGGCUGGUAGGCGCUGGGGCGACUUGGUAUCGGCACUUGAAUAUCUAAAAUGUAACAGUUUACCCAAACGUCAUUGUCGAAACAUGAGCUUAGCAGCGAGUGCAAAGCAGUGACUGCCCGAUAACUAACAAAAGCAGUGUUCACACAGGGACCCGCUGUCCGCUUGUGUACCAAAGUACCAAGUACAAGGUCUCCGCACCUUGGCCGAAUUCUAGCAUGGGUAUUUGGUAAAAAGGGUGUGUUCACAUUAGCACUCGGGCAAUGUGCCGAGCACUAAACGUGAACGCUGGAUUAGAGCCUAGAUGACCGGGAACCCCUUAUCUGAUGAUCCGGAAUCCUCCAAUGAGUAGUGAAUAAAUGAGAGAAAGCUGCGCAUUCUCCUUAGUUAUUUCAUUAUCCUGACCAUUGGUCAGAGCGGGAAUCACACCUGGGCUAGUCUGGAUUGAAGUCUUGUUCCCAGCCAACUGAACAAACUACUUCAUCUUUAAUUUUGUACAUCAGAUCAUUACAGACCCGCCCUUGCUGUUCGCUGAUGAACCAACUUCCGGUCUUGAUUCGUUCAUGGCACAGAAUUUGGUAUCAACAAUGCAGCAGCUUGCUGAUCAAGGAAGGACAAUCAUUUGCACCAUUCAUCAGCCUUCCUCUGAAGUGUACGCCAUGUUUCACAGGUACAAUACGUCGAUAUGUGAAAAGAGGACAAGAUGCAAUAACUUAUACCAGUUAUCAAGUUAUCAUGACUAAUUAAGUCGAAGAAUUUUCUGAAAGAGAGGCUCCGCCCCAAGUUCCAGACCGUUGCUACUUUUUAUACCAUUUUUGACCGAAAGGGUAGCCCUUUCGUGUACCUUCUAUUAAUAAAAAGGAAAAUGGUACUGAAUAAUGUAGACUAAAUCGCUAAAAGAGAAAAUCUUCAUGUUAAUUAGUUUAACGUUUAAUAAAUUGAAAUUACAUAGCAAGAAGGAGCGUCGUUUGGAAGCAUUUAAAGUAAAGGACCGUUAAAGGACUUUCUACCCUUUUAUAUACUUGAAAUUGCGAAUCCCUACCUUUUGGUGUAACUCGCCUUGAAAAAAAUGUCUCCGCCAUUAUAAAGAGUGCCCCUCCCCACCCUGGAAAUUAAGUAUGCUUACACAGGACUGUGAGCCUUAAGUAAGUAACAUAAGUAAGCAGAAGAUAUUCUGACUGCCUUUAUUCCACUGAAGAUUUUUGAAUUGAUCUUAAUUGUCUCACUUUCGCACUCGACAGAACUCAUUUCCUAAUGUUUUUUUCUAUUUUCAUUUUUUAUUUUAGUAUUUUGAUGCUGGCUGAAGGUAGAAUUGCCUUUAUGGGAUCCACGGAAAAUGCCAUCCACUAUUUUAAAUGGUACACUACGAAAACAGUGUUUACAUGUUGAACGUUAUUUAUGGGUUUCAUACUUGAGUUUACCAAGUUUAAGUUUCGUGCUGUUUUCGUUGAAUAUCGAGAACAUAUAGUCAGUUUUAAAUGUAUAAUGCGUUUAAAUGUGUAACAUUGAUAGAGAGUUUAUAUUCUAUUGAUAAUUUAGUGAAAUAAUUUAUUCAAAGCAGUAAGGUUUUUUCAUGUAAGUAUGUUUUGGUACUUUUAAAGGGAGUGACAUGCCUAUUUUUGCCAUUUUCAUAGCAUUCUUUUGGAUAAAAAGGAAUACACCUAUUUCAGUUAAGGUUGCUUCAGAGAAGAAUGAUGCAUGAUCCAUGUUUCAUAGCCCGCGGUGCAUUAUUAUAGUAAGUCUAGUAAAUUAUGUGCCUGCAACGAGCCUAGAAACCUAGAAAGCAAACGCUGCGGACGCUUCUAUGCUAUGUCAGCAGAACGUUAUAUUUUAAGACAAUGUAUUUCAAAACACUGAAUCCUAGGCUUUUUAAUUUAAGACAGUGAUUUGAGGUUAGGUUUUUCUCUGUGGUAAUAUGCAAAUGCUGCAAGUUUUCAACGAGUUUUCUUGGCUCCGUGCACGUGGGAAUUUUGGAUGGAGUUUAAAAAAAAUCAAAUAAAGUUCAAGGCGUUUGUUGAACAGCAAUAAAGAACUUAACAUUACGUGUUUAUCUAGUUUUAAGGCAUUUUUUAAAAAACUGAAUAAAAAAAGAAUAGCAUUGAUUUGAUUUAUUGAAAUAAACAGCAUUCUGGCCCAUGUAAAAAACGCAGCUUAAUCAGGCGGGCCUAUUCAAUCAUUUAAUGUUGUUAAAAGAAAUAAUUAGUAAUAAGUAAUUUUUUUACUAUGAGAUUUUAAAAAUGAAAAUUUUCAGCUCGCUAAUGCUUAAGAAUUUUAGCAGCCAUUGGACUUGAAAGCUCUCUUGAACGCCUUUUUACAAAUGGUCUCCAUUAUUUCAAUGAACGUGAACAAGAUUAAACUUCCCGCUACAAAAGGGUUUACCAUAGUGCACUGCAGGCUAUGAAACAAGUUUCACGGGAGCAACCUUAAUUGAAAUAGGUGUAUAAACAAAGCGAAAUUUUUCUUCACUUUUCGUAAUCAUACUUAAUUACGAACUUUUUGUUUAAAUCAACUGGCAAUGUUGCUAAUAGUCAAAUAUUGUAAACUUUAAUCUUUUUUUUUUCUUUAUACGUCUGUAAUGUUUGUUUUGUAUUUGCGGUUUGUGGUACUAAAGGUACUAUAUACAGUAUAUGCUAUGAGUACUACAGGAAAAGAAUUGGCCUAUCUAUCGUCUGGUGAUAGGUAGGCCAGUGUAAGUAUAAAACACAAAAAAAGGACAAAAAAAGAACUCUGUACUCUUGAAAACCCUGUUUUCCUUUCAUUUUGCAUUGGAUUCACAUUCAAAUUCCUAGGUAGCACAUUACAAUGCCAAAAUGUCAUGGCACUGCUCUUUUAACUCGUACAUUGCUUUCACUCACAGCUUAGGUUAUCCUUGUCCUGACAAUUUUAACCCAGCUGACUUCUUUGUCCGUACCCUGGCCAUCAAGCCUGGCGAUGAAGAAAACUGUCGCAAGAGAGUUAAG